CGAGUUUUAGUUUUAAAAAAGGAGUAUUAUUCCAGAAGUUGCAAGAAAUAAUACACCAAAUUAGUGACACAAUGACAAAAAUUACCAUCAUAAAUUGCAUCAUCGUAGCUGUUUGUGUUUUUCAAACAACAAAUGCUGGACUUUUCGAUUUGCCGCUAGGUGGCUCAUGGGAUAAUAUAAAUAAACAAAUUUCAAAUACACUUGGAAACGCAAAAGAAUUGGGAGAUAAAAUCGAAAAGGAAGUAACCGACCGUGCAAAAAAACUGGGAAAUGAAAUCGAAACUCGUAAAAACGAAGCGUUGGAAGAUGCAAAAAAACUGGGAAAUGAAAUCGAAACUCGUGGAAAGGAAGCAAUUGAUAAUAUAAAAAAUGGAAUUAAAAAUGCUCAAAAUGAACUUCAAAAUGGUCUUGAUUGUGCUAAUAUGUACACAGAAGGACAAACAAUUAUUGAAGAUGUACUAAAAGAGUUUAAUACUUGCAUUGGGGAAAAAACCAGUGGAGUUAGUGAAGACAUUAAAAACUUGACCAAUGCAAUAAGUACGAUACAAGCAGAUUUGCAAAAUAUUCUGCAAUGUACUGCAAAUAUAACUUUAUGCCUUAAUGAAGCUUCACAAAUUGCUCCUAAACUAGAGCCAGAAUUUGAAAAUAUCGUGAACACAGCUUAUGACCUCAUCGAUAUUUUGCCCAACGUGGGAGGCUGCUUUACCGGGGCGAUUAACAAACUCAACAACGAAACUCUUGAAAAACUUAUCAACAAUGCGAAACAAUGUGCUAAUAGUGUUUUCCAGCAAUUUAAAUUAUAUUUAUAAAUUAUUAUGAUUACUACAAUCAUAUAUUUUUAACUAUGUUGUUAUAUUGUGUAAUGUAAAAUAAACACAUGUAUUACACAUAUUAUUACUAUGAGUGUUAUAUAACAAGAAAAUUUUUUUCAUGUUGCACAUAUUUUUCAAAAUGUAAAUUAUAAUCAUUAAAUAGUAACAUUAUUGUAGCUAUUUA